AUGAUUCACGCUCUGAACAUCGAGACGGAGGAUAAUAAACCUGGCAUUCAGCAUGCGUUGCUCAGAAGGUUGCGGAGGCUGAAGUGGCUAGCUGCCUAUAAGAAGUCCAUUGUCUGCAUGGCCCUCUUCGGAGUGGUAAUUGCGACGGUCAACAUGGCAUACACGCCCAAGUCAAGCAGUAUUCCAUUGGACUUGACGUCCAAGAAAAUACUGAUCAAGAAAGAUAUGCGUGUGGCUUACUUAUCAAGGCACAUCGGAACCACUGAAGACUUUAAGUAUAUGGCCGACCAUCUCGGCUUGACCAAUGUGACGUACCACCAGAAAGAUCUUCCCAAGUUGGGAAUUAGAAGGGAAGAGUACAAGAACAAAGCACUUGAACCACCGUAUGAUACUGUUUGUGAAGACAACGACGCUGUCUUUGUGUCUGAUGAUCUAUUGGUGGGAUGGCCGUUGGUUAUGCCUCAAAAGAUUUGCAAAAAUUUGUUCUUCAUCAUCACUAAUAGAUUUGAUUACAUGGCAAGUGGAGACGAAAAGGAUAUUUACCAUCAGGAUAUGGAACGAGCAGUUAAUAGGAGAACCGAUCCUGCCAAGUUCAUCAUAAACAAUCCUUUUGAAUACAACUACCUUCUUAGCAGAAACGUGUUCCCCGAAGAUCCCCCGCAGCUCAUCAGACCGUUCGGAUUUUCAGAUAUCGAAGAUCAAAAGAUUCCAAUGGAUGACAUCAAUCGUCCAUGUCUUAUAAUUAACCGUGUUUCCCAAGACGGUGACCUGAUGUCAAAGCUUGUCAAGGAAAAAUCAGGCGUGGAAUGUAAGGUUCUAGGCACCAAAUAUGGUGGUCCGAAAACUUUGGCAAAAUACAAGUCUAUUGUGGUACAUCUACCGUAUCAGGUUGCUACCAUGAAAAUGUGGGAGAAUAUUGCCUAUGGAACCUUGAUGGCAAUUCCUAGCCCUGAGUUCAUGACACAGCUUUGUGAAGAACACCAUUGUGCACAAUCCAAUGAUGUCUUUGAGACUAAAAGGGUUAUUGAUCCCCCGGAGGACUGGUACAAGUAUGUUGACUUCUUCUUACCUGAAUGGGAAAGAUGUUUUAUACAGUUCGGAUCCUGGAGCCAGUUGAGUGACAUCUUGAAGAAUAGAGAUUAUUUGGCAGACGUUGAAUAUUGUGAGAACCGUAUGAUAGAAGCCAGGGAGGAGAAUUUGAACUCCUGGGCCGAAGUGUUUUACAACAUUACUAUAAACCUUGAGAACUCAAAAAAGUUAGAAGAGGCCAAACAGGCUUAA